UCACCAUAAAUAGUAUCGUGGCAGUGAAUGACCACCGGAAAUCAAAGAGGAACCUUAUGUCAUUGUCACAAUCUGUGGUGACGUUACCAGUUGAGCGGUGUUUUAUAAAGGGUGAACAAGUGUCAACGAGCGCAUCACAAAUAUAAACUCGCCUGUGCCAUACGAAGGUGGUGUGGUGCAUGGUGUGCGCUGACUCAAGUCAGAUAAGUAAUAUUUCUUCGAGAGCAGAGAUGAACCGUUAGAAAGUAUUAAAAAAUGACAAAUCAUCUGGGAGCGCAGUCUUUGACUGAAGAUAGCCAAGUUGUUUCAAUCGAGUUACCGAAUGGAUCAACAGAAAAGAUUGCGGUUCGCGAUAAACGGAAUGCGGCUGUCAGGGACUUGAAGGUCACUUGUGAAUUGCAAUUUGGAAUCCCUUGUAAUUUACAACAAGUCAGCGCCUUGAAAAACCCAAAUCAGGAGUUCAACGACUGGAUGCCGCUCACGGAAGCUAUGCAGGUGAUGGGAAAUGAUGCUGUCUUUGUUGUUCGAGUACCUGUGUGGUGGAACAAGUUUAUUUGCGUUUGCUUGAACAAUGAAAUCGAGAACGUUUGUAUAAGGGCUAAGCUUCCUAUGCAACAGAUCAGCAAAGAGGAGCGAUUGUUUGUCGGUUGUUACAUCGCUUGCUGUUGUGGAAAUGAAAAGUUACUCGAGCGACUCCAAACUAUGGACAUUCAGUGCGACCAUCAAACAACUACCCGAGCAGGUAGGAAUCUUUUUCACGCUGCUGCGGCAAGUGGAAAGGUAAACUGUGUGGAGUUUGUGGCCAAACAUUUAAUCAAACCAUCGAAGGAGAACUUAACACUAAUAGACACUAAUAGAGAGACCCCGAUUGAUAUUGCGCGACGAUUAAAUCAUAGCGAGACGGAAAGAUUGCUCUAUAAAUACAUGUAUAAUGAAAAGGGCGAACGAAUGGAACGAAAUUCCACCGAGUCUGGCAUCGAUUUGAGCGAAGAAAGCGAGUCAGAGGACUCUGCGGAAGAAAAGAGCCGAUCAAGGGCGAAUAUUUCUGCACGCGAAGAACAAGGUGAUGGUGACAGCAAGAGUGCAGGUGUGAUUAAACCAAUUUGUCUCAAGGACGAGGAAUUAGUGAUCACUGACUGUGACGAAGGAUUGAGUUUUGCUGUGGACACGAAAUCAAAGCAGGUGACGCCCCCAAAUUCACAUGUUGAAGCGAAUCAACAAGAUGGCUUGACAAAUCGUGAGAGAAGCCCUCAACGAAGGCACAGUCCAUGUUCUUCGGAAAGCUCCGACGAAUCAUCAAAUAUUUCCCCCAGACUGAGCAGACCGCAAACCCUUGAUGUGCAAUCCAAUCAACACUUGCUUCAACGACGAUUUAAGGAAACCGAUCCUUACAGGCCAAAAAGUGCGCGGACCGUGCGCUGUCCGAGAAUCUAUCUGGAGGAAGAGGAGGAAGCUAGUACGAGUGAUAAUCACCUGCCUCCUUUAGAGGGCCAAACGCAGAAACCUCAUGCAGUUGGAAACGUCCUGAGCUCAUCCGCGUCUAACCUGCAAAUUAGGAGAAUGAAACAAGCUCUUGUACGGACUAACAGCGGGCCGAAUUCUCCCGCGUCGAAUCGACGAUUGAGUCCGACGGAAGAGUCAGCAACCGAUGAUUUUGUCUCGAAAAGCGCGCCAGGUUCUCCACAAAGUCCUCGAUUUUUGUUCAAGCCGUCAGGCGGCAUCUCUCCGGCUUCGCCAAAAGUUUCGAGAGCGCUGCUGGAUCGAAGACGUGGCUCUGAGCCGGUGGCAGCUAUGAACAAGAUAAAUGGCAUCAGGUUCCCUCGCACGAGGAGAGACGCUACCAUUACAGCUGAUCUACAUGGAGAUAUAAAAGGACAACCUGCGUCCCCUAUAAUGUUCAGACGAGGCAAGGCAAGGUCUAUUUGUGAAGUUAGCUUAUCCGAUUCCCUAAAAGAUCUACGCUGCUACAAAGAUAUGGACGAGGAAGAGCGACUAGAUCGACCCUGGAACGCAUGGAUUGCUGUCAGGAAGGAAUCCCUUCAAGUUGUAAACCCUGAGCCUAUAUUGGAUUCACGCAAGAAGUCUUUCCAACAAUGGCUCAGCGAAAAGGAACUAGCUCACUUAAGGGGACUCUUUGCAAACGCACAAGAGGCUGCCAAGACAAACGAGAAACAAGCAAAGAUGCUCAAAGGAAAAUCUUUUGAGGAAUGGUUAGAGGACAAGCAGCGAGAGUAUGAGAGGGAAAAAGAAAAGGAAAAAGGUUUGGAAGAUCAGCAGAAACAGCAAGAGGACAAGAAGCACCAGCGUAGAAGAAUGUCUCAAGCCAAGUACGACAAAUGGCUGCUGCAGAAGGAACGUGACGCUCUCUUGAUGGAAGAAAAAAGAGAGCAAAUGGCGAAACAAAAACACGAACUUUUGAAAAAGAAGUGGGAAGAAGAAGAUGAAAUGAAGAAAAACUGUAAACAGACGCUGGGACGAACCCAGAGUUUGCCAGUGGAGGACCGGGCUUUCCCAACUCGACAAGCAAUAAACAAACAUAGAGUUACAAGUUUAAAGUAGCUUCGAACUCACUCACACAACGGGAAGGUUUGUUUGUCCUUUUGUGAUAAAGUGUAAACACUGUGUUUCCUGUACAAAUUUUGAAAGUAAUUACGUAUCUCUUUGAUUCUGCUGUCAGUCUUUUAUUUUGCACAACGAAUUCACUCUUAUACACACUAUGACUGAUCACAAGGGAAUGUCGUCUAAUUUGAGAAAUGGUUUCUCUCGAUUUCGCAAGUUCAGCACAGGUGAUCAUUUUUGUGUUCUGAUAAUUUCUUACGUUUAAAAUAGUUGCCUACAGUCGCUGUGCUUCAUUCAUAUCGGAAAGGAAACAGUCUAGCUGCAAACUAACUAAAUCAAGGGAUAUCUGAUAUUCAGAGAAGUCUGCUCACUUCGAAAUGAUAUUUAGCAGUGCCAUCGACAUAAAGCAUCCAAAGACUAGUGUUGUUGCUUGAGACAAAGUAAGGCCAAUGACGAUGAUAUUGCCUUUAGAUUCUGAUUCAAGCCUAACGAGAAAUAGUUAAAAACGUGGAAAAAUUGUUUUUCGGUUGAUAAUGAUAUUUUAGGUUAGUUAGGUUUCAAACUGAGAUGUUCAGCCAAGACGAAAAGAAAAAGUGUGAUUGAGUUUAUUGUAAGCGUAUUUAUUUCUCAGCACACAAUACCUUUGAGGAGUCAGUUGUACAUUUAUGAUGACCGUGAUGACCGUAGGAUAAUUGUAGUUUAGGACAAGCUUGUGAUGUACUAAGGGUAGAUCUGAGUUACUGGGGAUAAUUUCAAUUCGACUUAAAUAAAUUAAUUGCUUCAUAUCAAA